CGAAACGCCAACAGCGCACUGUUGUCCAGAGUAAUCGUCAAGAUGGAGGUCGAUCGAAAGCGUCGUUUGGCCGCGAUGGCCGCAGCGUUAUCUUGCGAUGAAGAUGAGUCGUGUGGGUCCAAGAGAUCGCUUUGGAUGAAAGACUGGAUGUGCAGAAAGGAACGCGGUAUGCAAAACCAACUUUACGAGGAGCUCCUCGACAGCGAUCCCGAGGAGUACCGCAGGCUGCUGCGCGUCAGCCGCGAGCAAUUCCUGCAGCUGCUGUCUCGCGUGGGACCCAGAAUAGCGCGGCAGGACACUGUGAUGCGGCGAGCAAUUCCACCAGAGACACGGCUACAAGUCACUCUUCGUUAUCUUGCAACGGAAAGUCAUCAUUCAUUAAGCCGUCAAUUCAGGCUUGGACACUCAAGUGUCAAUGACCUCAUCCAUGAAACGUGCACAGCACUCUACGAAGAGCUGAAGGAGGACUUCAUAAGAACUCCAAAGACCGAAGAGGAGUGGCUGGAUGUGAUCAGUGGUUUCGCCCAGAAAUAA